GGGAAGGACAGCGGGCUGGUGAGCGGCAGCACAGCGGACCGACAUGGACCGGACGGCUGUGGUGAAGGUCGGAGCCGCAGCCAGCGCCAGCGUCUGUGUGGUGUUCGGUGGCGUCGCGCUGGCACAGUACAUCGUAGCUAAGAAGAAGCGGGCGGGGAAGAAAACGAAGAUCAUAGAGAUGAUGCCUCAGUUUGAGAAACCCACGGUGCACAUGAGAGACCCUGAGAGGGUGGAGCAGAUCAUCUGUGGCCUCAUCAAAGGAGGAGCUUCCAAACUGCAGAUCAUCACAGACUUCGACAUGACGAUAAGCAAGUUUGCUGUUAAUGGCAAGCGGUGUCCGACAUUACACAAUAUUAUCGACAAUUGCAAACUGGUGACAGAGGAAUGCAGGCAGAAGCUGCUGCAGCUGAAGAAUAAAUAUUAUCCAAUUGAGAUUGACCCUCAGCUGACUAUAGAAGAGAAAUAUCCUUUUAUGGUGGAGUGGUAUUUUAAGUCCCACUCGUUGCUUGUGGAGCAGCGGUUAGAAAAGGAUAAACUGCCAGAGGUGGUGAGGGAGUCUGAUGUUGCCCUCAGGGAAGGUUAUGAGCAGUUCUUCGACCGCCUGCAUCAGCACAACGUGCCUGUCUUCAUUUUCUCCGCUGGUCUGGGAGAUGUGCUGGAGGAGGUCAUCAGUCAGGCAGGAGUUUACCAUCCCAACAUCAAGGUUGUCUCCAACUUCAUGGACUUUGACGACAACGGGGUGCUGAGAGGAUUCAAAGGCGAGCUGAUUCACGUGUACAACAAACACGACGGCGCCCUGAGGAGCACAGACUACUUCAAACAGCUGAGGGAUUACAGCAACAUCAUCCUGCUGGGAGACUCCAUGGGAGACCUCACCAUGGCUGACGGCGUCCCCAAUGUGGAGAACAUGCUCAAGAUCGGCUUUCUCAAUGACAAGGUGGAAGAGCGCCUUGACAAAUACAUGGACUCUUACGACAUCGUCCUUGUGAAGGACGAAACCCUGGAAGUUCCCAAUGCCAUCCUCCAGAAGGUUCUAUAAUUAUCCAGUUGGCCUCUUCAUCCAGAGACCAUCCUGCUCCUUUCUCUGUUUUCCUCCUCCUCCCUGCAGCCUCUGGCCACUCAGACUCCUGACCACUGUGUAACUCCUCCACUUUCUUCACAUCCAACCAUCAAUUUGCUCUAAAUCUCUGCCCAACAAGAAGUUUUACACAUCCUGAACGAAUCUUCCUAGCUGGAACAGAUUAUCUUUGGAUUGUGUUUAGCAGAAACAAUUUCUCAUGUUCUCUCCCCCAAUAGUUUUCUGAUUAGAAAGAGAAACACAGACUGUCACUCCAUGCUAAUGGCUUGCACAUUAUAGUUAUUUUCUGGAAGUAUUUUUGAUAUUGUAUAAUUUGUACAUGAUGAACCAGGCUGAAAUGAUGUUAGUGGGCUUUGGCAUAUUGAUCUGGGGAGUGUUUUGAAGUGAGCUACAGGUGUUUGAUUCCACUAACGUCUGCAAAGCUUGGGGACUCUAAAGUAUAGGAAAAGUAUCUAAUGGACCUUGGAAACUGUUUCCUCAAAAGCAAAUUGAAUGUUUUCCUCAAUGGCAGCAGCAACAAAAUGACAGCUAACAGUAUUAAUAGAG